AUGCCGGCCGCGGGAAGACUGGGAAGAGGAUCCGCGUCCAGCCAGCACCGCGAAGGCUCGGAGCAGGCCUGGCACCUGGUCCCCCGGGGCCUCUCCGGGGAUGGCAUCUGCAAGAGCAGAGGCCACAAGCCCAAGAGCAUCGUCAGCCAUCAGGGGGUACGACCGGCAGGGAGACCGAGAGGGGUGGAGGUGGAGGAGAACCGCAAGACGAACAGACGGCGACUCGACCACAACCACAGGCUGGAGCAACAGCAGCCGGGAACGACGCCCAGCCAGAAACGGAAGGCAGGGCGACUCGAAGCCGCGCGAGAGGAGGCAGAAUCGCCUGGGGACCGCCGAUCGGCGGACGAGCGAUCGUGGGGCGAGCGCCGUGGAUGCCGGCGGGGCGAACGGGCGCAACCCGCGGAGGGCGAGGAGGGAGCAACGGCGCAGGCAGGGGAGGAGCGCGUGGAGACCAAGGCAGGGGACGGGGAGGAAGAGGGGGGAGAGGGCCCGUCGUGGGCGGAGAACCAGCACUGGUUAGAUCGGGGACCCGCCCCCUCGGACCGCACCCCGACCCCCCCUUCCCCCUUCCUACCUCAACACCCCUGCCCCACCCAUGGUAGUCCCUGCAGCGGGGUCUCUGCUAGCGGUGUAGCUGCUGGCGGGGUCUCUGCUGGCAGGGUCUCUGCUGGCGGGAGUCUCUGCUGGCGAGGUCUCUACUGGUGGGGGUCUCUGCUGGCGGGGUCUCUGCUGGCGGGGGUCUCUGCUGGCGGGGUCUCUGCUGGCGGUGUCGCUGCUGGCGGGGUCUCUACUGGCGGUGUAGCUGCUGGCAGGGUCUCUGCUGGCGGUGUCGCUGCUGGCGGGGUCUCUGCUGGCGGUGGCGCUGCUGGCGGGGUCUCUCCUGGCGGUGGUAGCUGGUGGGUCCGACGGCGGGUCCAUCGGCUCGCUUGCUUGCGGGCUCGCGGGUCUGUUAGCGAGCAGGCUGGCGGGCUCGUCGGCGGGUCCGACGGCGGGGUCGCAGGCGCAUGGGCGAACGCGCUGGCGAUUAAGCUGGCGGGCUGCUGGCGAUUUGUUGGCGGGUCCACUGGUGUUCGCCAUAGCGUUCGUCGCGGCCGUCGUGAUGAACGCCGCGACGAGACAGGCGACGGAACGGCCGCGUGGGUAGCGCGCAAGCAACGAGCUGCAGCAGUGCAGCGCGAGGAAGGGGUGCAGGCGGAAUGCGGGGCGACGGGUUAA